UGGUGUCUCUGUUCCCCGCCCGCUCCUCUGCGAUGCCUUCUCCGCUUCACGUCCGCGCCCGGUGCUCGCCGCCCCGCGUCCUUUUGCUGCCCUGAAGAGUCCUUGUGGUUCCGAGUUGACCGAACAGAGUGAAUGCAGUUAGCGUCGCCGGCCGGCCCAGCUCGCCACCGGGGUCAUUCCAGCUUUCUAAGGUUGCCCGGACCGCCUGCCCUCCAGUUGCUUCCUCCAGCAGAUUUUCAGAUACUGAUGUUACAAACAAUAAAAUAUUGGAACAUAGAGUUGAGGAAAAGACUUAAAUCAGAUUUUGCUGCUGUUAGUUAAAGAUAUGGAUCCUGCAUCAGAGGGAGCACCAGUUAUCACAGUGACACCGCUUCAGCAAAUGUUUGCCUCUUGCACUGGAGCUAUACUGACAUCACUGAUGGUGACACCCUUCGAUGUUGUUAAAAUUCGACUCCAAGCCCAAAACAACCCAUUCCCCAAAGGAAAAUGCUUUCUAUAUAGUAAUGGACUUAUGGAUCAUCUGUGUGUCUGUGAAGAGGAAGGCAACAAAGCAUGGUAUAAGAAGCCAGGACGUUUCCAGGGAACGUUGGAUGCUUUUUUGAAAAUCAUUCAAAAUGAGGGCAUUAAAUCCCUGUGGAGUGGCCUUCCUCCUACGUUAGUGAUGGCAGUCCCUGCCACAGUUAUUUAUUUUACCUGCUAUGAUCAAUUAACUGCUCUUCUGAGAUCUAAAUUAGGAGAAAAUGAAAGCCGCAUACCAAUUGUUGCUGGAAUCGUGGCCAGACUUGGCGCAGUGACUGUAAUAAGUCCACUGGAAUUGAUUAGAACCAAGAUGCAAUCUAAGAAGUUUUCUUAUGAGUAACUACAUCGAUUUGUCAGCAAGAAAGUAUCUGAAGAUGGUUGGAUUUCCCUCUGGAGGGGCUGGGCUCCUACCAUUCUUAGAGAUGUACCAUUCUCUGCAAUGUACUGGUAUAACUAUGAAGUCUUAAAGAAGUGGUUGUGUGCAAGAUCUGGCUUAUAUGAACCAACAUUUAUGAUCAACUUUACUUCAGGGGCAUUGUCUGGUUCUUUUGCAGCUCUUGUAACUUUGCCAUUUGAUGUGGUAAAAACACAAAAGCAGACACAACUUUGGAUAUAUGAAAGCCAGAAAAUUUCUGUGCCUUUGCAAAUGUCAACCUGGACUAUAAUGAAGAACAUUGUUGCUAAGAAUGGCUUUUCUGGAUUAUUUACAGGACUGAUUCCUCGUUUAAUUAAAAUUGCUCCUGCUUGUGCUGUUAUGAUCAGUACAUAUGAAUUUGGAAAGUCUUUCUUCCAGAAACAAAAUGCUCAAAGACAGCAAUACUAGGGAUACCGUUUAAACCUGAAAUAACAACCAUGACCAAAUAAUAAGAGGAGACUCUUAGGCAAGAGUUUUUUUUUCACUUUUUUUGCUAUUAUCUCACAGUGGUUUUCUAGCACUCUUAUCUAUAAUUUAAAUGAAUAGUAAAUCUCUACUUUGCAUUUAAUCAUUCUAACUUCAAAUUUUUAUCCUAAUUUUUGAGAAUUUGAAAAAGAUAUUCCAGAAAUCAUAGCCAUUGAGCAUUCUUGUAAAGAAGAGAAAAAUUAUUCUACACUGAAAGCAAUAAUCUCAGAGUUUGGUACAGAUUUCUGUGUAACUUCAUCCUGUUCGGAGUGUCAGAGAUGUUGAACAUUUUUGCAAUUGUGUGCUGAAUGAUGUACAGAAUCUAAAAGAAUUCCCAAGUCUUUUAUACACAUUUAAAUCAUGGACAUAGAUACUUAAGUGUUUCAAUAAAGUAGAUAACGGAAAGCAGUCUUUAAAUAUUAUCCACAUCAUUUACCAAAUAUUGCCUAUCAGUUAUUUUCUUUAAUUCAUAUAUAUUUGGGUUUUUUUUUUCCCCCUACCCUGUUACUGUUUUAAGGCCACAUGUGUGUUAACAUUUCUCUGAUCAGAGGUAUGGCUAUCUUAUGUUCAUGAACCAAAAAUAUAACUUGUGCAAUAUGGAUGCUGCUAUUUUUGAUGUCUAAAAACCCUGUAUUAUCUACUGUUUCUGUGAGAGAGAGUGUUCAUGGACCGUAUUAAAUGUUCACUUCAGUCAAACUUGCAGCGAAAACCACAUUGUACUCAGGCUAGUGAGAAUGCUGUUUCAGCACAAGAAAGGCCUCUGGUUUCAGCUGUCUUGUCAUCUGGUAUUACCAUUUGUGAAGUUCUCUAGGUCACAUCUGUUUGCUUGUUCUAACAUCACUGAGACAGCGUAUGUUCCAGAUGUCCCUUGACUUUACACAUCUCACAUGAGUGUGCUAGACCAAGAACUACCAAGCCAGCUUCCUUGAAGAAAGAGCUUUUGGUCACUGGAGGCUAAUACCUAAGAAGUUUAGCUUAUGAAUGUAAGAAUGAAAAAGAAUAUGCGUUCAAGACAAACAAUAUUUUUUAAUUUUUUUUUUCUCUCAGGAUCUGUAUACUCUAAGAAAAAGCACUUUAUUGCAGUCUAUCUGUAUUUUAUGAAAAUGUGAAACAUUUUUUCCCUAAAAUAGAGUAAUACAUAUUUAAAUGACAAAUCUCUAGUGUUGGUAGGAAUUAAUGUAUUUUCUAAUAUAGUAGAAAACUAUUUAUGUUUCACCAGAAAUAAACUAUAUAGGGUUUGUAUUUAAGUUUUUUGUGUUUAUUUUAUCCUGUGUUGAUUUACUUUAAGUUUGCAACAUAUAUAUCCAUAAAAAUAUAAAUAUUUAUAUUUUCACUGAAAUAUUUUGUGCUUUCUUAAAGCUACCAGUGUGCUUCUAGCUAAAUACUUUCAUAUAAAAUUAUGUUAAUGCUAUACUAUCAACAUAUAUAUAAACACACAUGGAAGUUUAUCUUGAACACUGAUUUGAACAGUAUUAAAUUUAAAUUUACCUUUGUUCUGCUUGGCUUCUUUUGGCUAAUUGGUAGGAAAAGAGAAAAAUUUAGGUUUUGAAUAGUCUCAAAAAACAGUUAUGUAUUUGAAGUUAAUAUCACUUAUAAACAAACAGAAGGGAAACUUUCAUCCUCUUCUUGCCCCACUACUGACUGCAUUGUGGAAAAUUCUUAUUUUAUAACUAAAAGAACUUAAACCUAAUUCCCUGUAGUUUUUGUAACAUACAUUACAUGCAAUGUAUCUGAAAGAAAAGAAGUCUGAAUUUAGGCUUUGUCUAUACUUAAGUAGUAAAAAAGCAUUACUAGUAGGAACCAAAAAGGUUUGGCUACAAAUUGUAUUCUUGGUAAUGUUUCUAAAUGCAUUCUGUUAAUGUUAAAAUUUCUAACAUACACAUUUCUUAUGUGUAAGCUUUUUAAGAGAAAUGUCUUAUCCAAGUAUUACAUGCUUGCUGCCUUUCAUAUAGUUCUAUAUUACUUUUUAAAAAUAAAGUUAUUUCUAGGAAAACUAUUCACUAUG